ACACAAAACACACGACACAGAGGAGUCGUGACCCACAGACUUAACCUUUACAUUGCAUCCCAUUUUUGGAGGGACCAUGACCAUAAACAACCACAUCCCUUUCUUUUCUUUUGUCACUCUCAAGUUCAACUACCAUCCAAGUGAUGAGAAAACUAAAUUAAAGUCAAUUUAGCCAUCAACUUCAACACCCUCAUUUCCUAUUUGCUCUUCACCAUCUACUUUAUACACAUAUAUCUAUCCAUUGAAUGCAAGCAUAUCCAUACCACACAACAACCCAUGGACUGGUUCUCAUGGCUAUCAAAAACAGGCCUUGACUCUUCCCUUGUGUAUGAGUAUGGUUUAGCAUUUUCUCACAAUGAGCUUGAAGAAGACGACAUAGCUUACUUCAACCAUGAGUUCCUUCAAAGCAUGGGCAUCUCCAUAGCCAAACACAGGCUUGAAAUUCUCAAGCUUGCCAGGAAGGAAAGAGGAAGCUCACAUCCCAUGUCAAGGCUUAUUGUCGCGAUCAAGAGAACGAACAGGUGUCUUGCAAAGUACAUCUGGACAUGGAUUCGUCGUGAGGACUCAGCUCUUGUGGUGGUGCCAAGGCGUUGUUCGAGAUGGAAAGGAGGCUUGUUGAAGAAGAAGAGCAAGAGGCUGCUGAUGGCUAAGCAAGACAAUACACUUCUGCUUACAAAUGGUAGUCCUGUGGUCAUUGCCGGUCCUCGGAUUGAUAGUUUCUCAAGUCCAAUGAUCCAUGAUCUCCACGACGACGAGAAGAUGGACCGCUAUGAUGAUGGGUAUUGGUCCAAGGGUGUUGAGCAUAUCAGGUGGGAUACCAUGUUUCAGGAUUUGAAGCCUACAUGAAGAUUUUUACCAUUGAUGAUGGUUUACUUCCACUAGAGAGUUUUGGAUUGUGUGAUUCAGAACACUCUUGGUAUCUCUCUCUUUAGUUGUGAGUAGUGAUAAAAGGCCACUUUAGCACUAUUGUUAGUGUCUCUUUCAGUAAAGGAAUGUCCCCAUCUUUUCCAUGUUCAUGUCUUUAUCUUUUGAUACAAAGGGAAACCACCAAGGACUUGGUUUUUGUAAAUAUCAUUCUGCUAGAUUUUCUUUUU